UUGUUUUCGCCGCAGCCUCCUUUUGUUUUCCUUUCCUCAUUCGUAUUGUUUGCUAAACAAAUAGCGGAAAAGCAAUUGCCAGACGCAGAAAAUGUUCGAAAUAUUUUUCAAAAAGGAUACUACAUUUUUAAGCGAUGUAUCAGUGGAAAACAACUCUAAAAGUGUUUUGGAAAAUAAUGUUGAACUAAUAUUGACUGAACUAAAUGUUUUAAAACUGUGUUGAAAAGUGAAAAGUUAUAAAAACGUUCAAAACAUGUGCAAACGAUUUAAAAUACCCAAAAACAAUUGAAUAUUAAAAAAAAAUUUUGAAAAGUAAAUGAAAAGUAGUAAACAAAGUGCUAAAUGAAAGAGAAUGAGACCCAGUCGACAGGACCCAAGAAGACGAUGUUGAUUGAGUGCAUUUCACGUGACAUUCCCUGAGAGUUUUCUUCAAGAAGAAAAGCAAAGCUCAAGUAGAGCUCUUUGGCUACUUAGAUAUAGAUAAAGCAAGCACCCAACCUACCGAUCGGCGGUUGAGAGGCGGUGUGGCAACUUCAAUGAACUUCAAUCCGGCCAGCGUGGUAGCCGCCGCAGCAGCAGCCGCACAUCAGACCUCCCACCACCAUCAUCAUCAUCACCACCACCCGUAUUUGAGCCACCAGCAGUUGCAGCAGCACCACCAAAUUACCACCCAACAACAACAGCAGGUGAUUCCACUGCCAGUGGGAGGAGGAAGUUUACCAGUGGGUGGUGGCAGUAGUGGUGGCGGCGAUAUAUCGCCCAAAAUCAUGGAGUGGACCAACGACGAUGCUCUGGAACUGAUCGAGCAGUAUCGCUGCCAUACAGAGCUAUGGAAUCGAGCCGAUCCCAAGUACAAGGAUAAACUGUGUCGAUUUCGGGCUUGGUCGGAGAUAGCCGAGCGUUUCGGUUGCAGCAAGGCGGAGGUGGAGCGAAAGAUGAAUGUCCUGCUGACCCAAUAUCGGCGGGAGAAACACAAGAUGUUUGUUAAGAUAUACCAGGGCAUUCAGCCCAAUCCGUCCAAAUGGUAUGCCUUCAAACGAUUCGAUUUCAUGGAGGCGGGAGGUGGCAGCUUAAGCGGUGGUUCCGGCGCACCAGGUGUGAAUACCUCGAGCGGUAAUCUGGUUCCCAAUCCCGUCUCCUCAUCGGCCGCCGCUGCCGCCCACAAUGGGCUGAACGGACUGGCGGCUGCAGCGGCAGCCUAUGAAAGCGGUACGAUUGCAGCGGCCGGAAAUGGAGGAGCACCACCCGGUGGACCAGGCGUGGGUGGAGCUCCCGGUUCACAGCCCGCCAUGCAGCAUAGACGCAUCAAGACCAAAGAGCUGAAAUAUUUCGGAGCGAUGGGCCUGAAUAUACCCAUGCUGAUAGCGAACAGUCAGACGCUGGACAGUUGGAAUACGGCGGGUCAGUACUCGCCGCCGAUAUCGGGCUCAGGCGGUGGAGGAUCAGAGAGAGGAGGAAGUGGUGGUGGAGGUGGAGUGCCCCCUCAGCAGCUGCGUGUGCCCCUGCCCAUGAGCUAUCAUGGCGGAGCUGGCGGCAGCAGCAGUAGUGAUUUCCAGCAGAGUCCCCUGAAAACCAUGGAUACCUCGGACAAUGAGGACAACAAUAAUACCAAGGAGGAUGUGGCGGCGGCAGCGGCAUUGGGACAACUGGCUGCUAAAGUCGAGCUAAGAUCGCCGUCGAGAGGAGGAAAUGGAGGAGGAGGAGGUCCCGGUGGAGGAGGUGGCUCCUCCAGUAGUAGGGAGCCCAACGAUCCAGUGGCCAGUGAAGCCAUUAAAUCGGAUAGGACUCUAAGCGAAGCUGGCAGCAGUCCCAUACCGAAUACCAACAUGCACGAGGCGCACAAGAAUCACCUGCUGAACAGUCCGGCUGGAGGAAGAGCGGUUACCCCCCGGCAGGCGCACGAGCAGAUGCAGAUGCACCACCAUCAGCAGCAGCAGCACCAGCACCAUGUUACUCAACAACUGCAUCAUGGCCACGAUGAACUGGACAUCAAGCAGGAGUUGGUGGACUAUUUCCAUGGCCAGGCGGUUGCCGUUGGUAAUCCCGCACCGCCGCCACCGCCCGAAUCGCAUCGUUCCUAUAGCUCGGCGGGCGAGGAGAGUCGCCUGCAGUUGGUGGACAUGGCCCAGGAUCUGAGGGUGGCCCAGGCGAAGGCCAAUUUCGGUGCCUUCGUCCUGCCGCCCAGGGGAAGUGAUGCCAGCAACACACCAGCCACAACAGUCGCCAUGCCCUUGAAUAUGCGAAAACUAAGCGGUGCCGCGAGUGCGGGUCACAUGCUAAUGAACUCGCUGCUCGGCUCCAGGGAGAGCAUGUCGGAUGGCGAGGAUCCAGAUCCGGAUGCGGAUAACGAUGAGGCCACCGAAUCGGCCAAUAGUCCGGGUCGCAACAUUAAGAGCAGUGUUUCCGCCCAGGCGGCCGUUGCGGCAUCCGCCUUCUAUGCCGACUCCCUGAAUCGAGAUGAUUGCGAUUUCAUUGGAUCAAAUGUUUCGCUGAAGCUAAGGACCAUGGAUCGCACGCAAAGGAUCAUUGCGGAGAAGCUGAUCAGCGAGGUCUUGUACUAUGGGCAGUUUAACGAGCUGGAAAGAUCGGCCAGGAUACAGCCAAAGUGACAGUGGCGCCCCAAGAAGUGGACGGCUGCAUUGGGGAAUGGCAGUAGUAGUGGUAAUGGAGCUGCAGGAGGUCUAGGCAUCGGGGUGGGUCUGGCCAGGAUCAGGCUGGGCGGCAGGAGCCUCCUUGCCCCGCAGCAUGGCAAGUGAAUUCCAUUUGAAAGUCAUAGUCAAAAACAGAGACAAACAUAAAAAACAGAAA